GGAGAAGGGGAGAUGAGCGGGAACAUGGAGGAGGCGCCCACGGCCCACCGCCGGGACGUGCCUUUCCGCGUUAGUUGGUGCCCUUCAGUUUAAGUUAUAAGACCUGACCAUGAGUGAUCAAAUCAAAUUCAUUGUGGACAAUCUCAACAAGGAGCCUUUUAGGAAGAACUAUAAUUUAAUCACAUUUGAUUCCCUGGAGCCAAUGCAACUAUUACAAGUUCUCAAUGAUGUCCUGGCUGAGAUUGAUCCAAAGCAAGUUGUCGAUAUCAGAGAGGAGAUGCCAGAGCAGACAGCCAAACGGAUGUUAAGCCUUCUUGGUAUUCUUAAAUACAAACCUCCAGGAAAUGCCACAGACAUGAGUACCUUUCGUCAGGGUCUGGUGACUGGAAGUAAACCUGUAAUUUACCCUGUGCUCCACUGGCUUCUUCAGAGGACGAAUGAACUGAAGAAAAGAGCGUAUUUAGCUCGUUUUUUAAUAAAACUUGAGGUGCCAAGUGAGUUUCUUCAGGAUGAAACUGUGGCCGAUACCAAUAAACAGUAUGAAGAGUUGAUGGAGGCCUUUAAAACUUUGCAUAAAGAAUGUGAGCAGCUUAAGACAUCUGGAUUUUCUACAGCAGAAAUAAGAAGGGAUAUCAGUGCAAUGGAGGAAGAAAAGGACCAGCUCAUUAAGAGAGUUGAACGUUUGAAGAAGAGGGUGGAGACAGUUCAGAACCAUCAGCGGAUGCUUAAAAUAGCAAGGCAACUUCGAGUUGAAAAAGAGAGGGAAGAGUUUCUUGCACAACAGAAACAGGAACAAAAGAAUCAGCUAUUUCAUGCAGUGCAGAGACUGCAAAGAGCACAAAACCAGCUGAAAAUCAUGCGCCAUGCAGCAGCAGAUGCAAAGCCUGAAAGUUUAAUGAAGAGACUAGAAGAGGAGAUAAAGUUUAAUUCAUAUAUAGUAACUGAAAAAUUUCCUAAAGAAUUAGAGAACAAAAAAAAAGAAUUGCAUUUUUUACAAAAAGUGGUGUCAGAGCCUGCUAUGGGCCAUUCUGAUCUUCUUGAACUUCAGUCUAAAAUAAAUGAAAUAAACACACAGAUCAAUCAGCUGAUUGAAAAGAAAAUGAUGAGAAAUGAGCCAAUUGAGGGCAAACUGUCACUAUAUAGGCAGCAGGCAUCCAUCAUUUCUCGCAAAAAAGAAGCAAAAGCUGAGGAACUUCAGGAAACAAAGGAGAAGUUAGCCAGCCUGGAGAGAGAGGCGUCAGUGAAGACAAAUCAGACCCGUGAACUUGACGGCACUGAGAUUUUGAAGGGGGAUGAGUUCAAACGAUAUGUCAGUAAACUUCGAAGCAAGAGUACAGUUUUCAAAAAGAAGCAUCAGAUAAUAGCUGAGUUGAAAGCUGAGUUUGGUCUCUUGCAGAGGACAGAAGAACUGCUUAAGCAACGCCAUGAAAAUAUCCAACAUCAACUGCAAAAUACCGAGGAGAAAAGGGGUAUAUCUGGAUAUAGCUACACCCAGGAAGAGCUAGAAAGAGUAUCUGCACUGAAGAGUGAAGUUGACGAAAUGAAAGGACGGACACUGGACGACAUGUCUGGAAUGGUAAAAAAACUGAAUUCACUGGUAUCUGAAAAGAAAUCAGCUCUAGCCCCAAUCAUAAAAGAACUACGACAAUUGCGUCAAAAAUGUCAAGAGCUAACCCAGGAGUGUGAUGAAAAGAAAUCCCAGUAUGAUAGCUGUGCAGCCGGCCUCGAAAGCAAUCGGUCCAAAUUAGAACAGGAAGUCAGAGGCCUCCGUGAAGAGUGCCUUCAAGAAGAAAGUAAAUACCAUUAUACAAACUGUAUGAUCAAGAACCUGGAGGUACAGCUCUGCCGGGCUACUGAGGAGAUGAAGGCGUAUGUCUCUUCCGACCAACAAGGAAAGAGAAGGGCAAUUAGAUCACUUCCUCAUUGUAAAGUCAGGUAAACAGUAUGAACCACAGAAGAUGAAGUGAGACACGAUGUGCGCAGCGGGGUUUGGGAAAUUCUGUGAGUUCCUGGAGCAUGAUGACCGCUGUCUGUCCUGUUUACUUCUGAAACCCCAGGGCAUGACAAGUGCUCCGUAAUUGUUUCUGGAAUGGAUUAAAAAUAUGUGUUAGUGUUAUAGGGAAAGAGUAUGAGCCUGUUGGUUUCUCAAAUCUAAAAUAUAAAUGGAAGUUUUAAAACAAUUGGACAUUUUUCAGGCCUAGGAUAAUAAACAAAUUAUUUAAAGUUAUCUGAGCCCUGGCUGGUGUAGCUCAGUGGAUUGAGUGCGGGCCUGUGAACCAAAGUAUUGCGGUUCAAUUCCCAGUCACGGCACAUGCCUGGGUUGCAGGCCAGUUCUCAGCAUGGGACACCCGAGAGGCAACCAUACAUUGAUAUUUCUCUCCUUCCCUUCUCCUCUAAAGAUAAAUAAAUAAAAUAUUUUUAAAAAUUAAAAAAAAAGUUAUCUGAACUACAGCCAUACAUUUUUCUUAAGUCAGUGUGACAUUUACAUCCUCUUAGCUGUUGUUCAUUGGAGAGCUGGAAAGGCGGACAGUGUGAUGUAGUGUCUCAUAAAUUCUAAGGGCAAAAUGAAGGCUCAUCAGAUUGGGUCCAUUCCUUCACUCCUGUGCACAAAUGCUUCCUUCACCUCUGUAAGCAUUCGGGGUACUUUUGAUUGACAUUUUCUCUAUCCUAAUCAUAGCAUGACCUUCGUUUUUGCAUAAAUCGGAAUCUUCCUUCACUUAGACUUCUAGGGUUGCUCUUUGUAGCCCGUGAUUUCCUAGAUUCUCAAUUUUGUGUUAAUUUCUUCUUAAGUAGUGUAGUGUAGUUUGCACAGAAACAUGGUCUUUUUCCAUCCAGAUUUGUGGUCUUAAGUCUCUCUCCAUCCUUCAGUUUUUGUCUUUAACACUUUAAAUCUCAUUUGCUGUUCCUGGCGGGGUGUCAUCCUAUACAGCGAAAGAUUGUGGGCCCCUUCCCCAGUCGGGGCGAGUACUGUGGAAGGCAGCCGAUCAGUGUUUCUCUCUCCCUUCCCCUCCCCCUCCUUCUCACUCUAAAAAUCAAUAGACAUGUCCUCAGAUGACGAUUAAAAAUAAAUAAAUAAAUCUCACUUUUUCUCUAAGGCAGUAUUAAAAUAUAAUUAUACUUUUGUUUAAAACUAUAACUCUAAGUUAUUCAUAGUUUUAUCUUUACAUUAAAAUCUUACCCUUUUUUGAAAUUACAAAAGAAAUAUUUAUAAAACCAAAAACUAACCGUUAUGAAAUUUAGUAGUACACAAAAAGUGGUCCACAUUGCUAUGCCUCAGAAAUGCCUAAUGUUAAUAUAUUGGUGUACAUUAUUCCAUAUUCCUUUCCCAUGCAUUUGCUAAUGUGUGUGUGUGUGUGUGUGUGUGUGUGUAUGUGUGUUAGCAAAUACAUGGAAAUCUUUUUGUGUAUACAAAAAUAAAAUUAAAUGAUACAGUUUUUCUCUUCAUAGUUUAUCUAGAAUGCUUUCCACCUUAGUAUU